ACCUACUCCCUGCGGCUCUGCAGCUACCGGAACACGGCGGAGGUGCCGAUGGUGCUGGUGGGCACGCAGGAUGCCAUCAGUGCCACCAACCCGCGGGUCAUCGACGACUCCCGGGCACGGAAACUCUCCAACGACCUGAAGCGCUGCACGUACUACGAGACCUGUGCCACCUACGGCCUGAACGUGGAGAGGGUCUUCCAGGAUGUGGCUCAGAAGGUGGUGGCUCUACGGAAGAAGCAGCAGCUUUCCAUUGGUCCCUGCAAGUCCCUGCCCAACUCACCCAGCCAUUCGUCUGUCUCUGCAGCCUCCAUUCCUUCUGUUCACAUCAACCAGGCCACCAAUGGUGGAGGAGCCUUCAGUGACUACUCCUCCUCUGUGCCCUCCACACCCAGCAUCAGCCAGCGGGAGCUGCGGAUCGAGACCAUCGCUGCCUCCAACACCCCCACCCCCAUCCGCAAGCAGUCCAAGCGCCGCUCCAACAUCUUCACGUCUCGGAAGGGUGCGGACCCGGAACGGGAGAAGAAGGUGCUGGAGUGCAAAGCGGACAGCAUCGGCAGCGGGAGGGCCAUUCCCAUGAAGCAGGGCAUCCUCCUCAAGCGCAGUGGCAAGUCUCUGAACAAAGAGUGGAAGAAGAAGUACGUGACACUGUGCGACAACGGGGUCCUCACCUACCACCCCAGCCUGCACGAUUACAUGCAGAACGUCCACGGGAAGGAGAUCGACCUGCUGAGAACCACGGUGAAGGUGCCGGGCAAGCGGCUCCCCAGGGCCACCGCGGCCGCGCCCGGCGCCAGCCCCAAGGCCAACGGGCUGCCCAAGGAGCGGAGCAGCACCCAGCUCAGCGGGGGCACAGGUGCUCCCCACUCGACCAGCAGUACCUCCCUGCACUCGGAGCGCUCCAUCAGUGGCAUCAACUUGGUGGGCUUCAGCUCCAAGCCCGACGGGAUGCACCAGCGCUCCUACUCGGUCUCCAGCGCGGACCAGUGGAACGAGGCCGUGGCUAUCCCUGGCAGCUGCCCCAACCCCUCUAACGGUACUGCCGAUUCCCUCAGCUCCAGCCCGAACAUCUCCAGUGCUGCCAGCCCGAAGCUGGAGCCGCCUCCAUCGCCUCACGCCAACAGGAAGAAGCAUCGCAGGAAAAAGAGCACGGGAACGCCUCGGCCCGACGGCCCCAGCGCGGCAGCAGAAGAACCAGAUGAGCCAUUUGAGUUCAUUAUCGUGUCCCUGACGGGCCAGACAUGGCUCUUUGAGGCCUCAACAUCAGAGGAGCGAGAGCUUUGGGUCCAGGCCAUCGAGAGCCAGAUCCUGGCCAGCCUGCAGGGCUGUGAGAGCAGCAAAAAUAAGGCUCGGCUGGGCAGCCAGGGCGACGCACAGGCCAUGCAGGCCGUGCGCACCGCGCGUGGGAACAGCUUCUGCGUGGACUGUGACGCUCCCAAUCCAGACUGGGCCAGUCUGAACCUGGGCUCCCUCAUGUGCAUCGAGUGCUCUGGGAUCCAUCGCAACCUGGGCACUCACCUGUCCCGUGUGCGCUCCCUGGACCUGGACGACUGGCCCAGCGAGCUGCUCAUGGUCAUGACGGCCAUCGGCAACGCCCUGGCCAACACUGUCUGGGAAGGAGCAGUGGAAGGCUACCCCAAGCCCACCCCUGAGAGCAGUCGGGAGGAGAAGGAGCGAUGGAUCCGGGCCAAGUAUGAGCAGAAGCUCUUCCUGGCCCCGCUGCCCCAGUCGGACAUCCCGCUGGGGCAGCAGCUGCUGCGGGCGGUGGUGGAGGAUGACCUGCGCCUGGUGGUGACCCUCCUGGCCCACGGCACCAAGGAGGAGGUGAAUGAGACCUACGGGGAUGGCGACGGGCGCACGGCACUGCACCUCUCCUGCGCCAUGGCCAACGUGGUCUUCACGCAGCUGCUCAUCUGGUAUGGGGUGGACGUGAAGAGCCGGGACGCCCGGGGGCUGACCCCGCUGAGCCCCAAAGCCAUACAUGGUGUCUCCAUCGGAGCAUCCCCGCUGGCUCCCACUGCUGCCCAGGUGGGGCUGGUCUCCAGCUGA